GCCGGUUUUUCAAGGCGGGAGCGCGGACGUGCGCGUCCCCGCGAAGUCUUUUGUGUGGUGGCGUAAGGGCAGCGCAAAUACAUUAACCAUGGCAGACGAGAAACCCAAGGAGGGAGUGAAAACUGAGAACAAUGACCAUAUUAACCUGAAGGUGGCGGGACAGGACGGCUCAGUGGUGCAGUUUAAGAUUAAGAGGCACACGCCGCUCAGCAAACUCAUGAAGGCUUACUGCGAGAGACAGGGACUGACAAUGAGGCAAAUCCGAUUCCGGUUUGAUGGGCAGCCCAUUAAUGAAACAGACACACCUGCACAGUUGGAAAUGGAGGACGAAGACACAAUUGACGUUUUCCAGCAACAGACAGGAGGCUUCGUCUAAACGCAGAAACUUCACUGCCUUCUCUCUCUCUCUCUCUCUCUCUUUUUCCCCCCUCACAGUUACUCCUGACUGCUGUUGUAUAGCGUGUUGAUGCUCUUCCAGCUUUGCAGUUCCUGCUUUUUGUAUAUAAGUGAUUUCUCUCUCACACACACACACACACACGGCAGCACAAACGCCAUGGGAUCAGAAGCCCAGAAUUAUUUUUUCUUUGGUAAAAAGUGACCACAGAGGCUCCCAGAAAGCAAUCCGUGGUCCAGCUCUUUCUGCUGAACCGUCAUUUCAGUCGAACGAGUUUACUUUCAGAACAUUAAGGCGAGACAGUUUUCAUCUCACGUGCUUAAAAAAGAUGUAAAAAAAAAAAAAUCACUUUGUAUGAAAUGAACACUUAGUGAUUUGGAGUACUCUAAAACAAGGCAAGUCUGUUAUUUUUUUAAUAAUUAUUUUAGCUGCUUUUAUUUGUUACAUUCAGACAAAUUGGUUGUUUUUUUUUCUUUAAAUGGUUAUUAAUUGGUAGUAGACGUGUGUAAAGUGAAACAAGCCCCUGAUUCAGUAGAUGAAUUGUGAAUAUUAUUAUUAUUAUUAUUAUUAUUAUUAUUAUUAAUAAGUCCUGAUAUUUCUGUCAAGCAUCUGUAUUGUCAAAUAAAUCAUUUGUUAAAAUAAAGAAACUCUUUUUACGUCG